AUAAAUGGCUCAUUUAAAUUGGGAGCUGCUACUAAAAUAUUCUCUGGUUGGCAAAUGCAGUGCCUAGCAGCUGCUAUCAAGGACGAACCAAACAUGAGUGGGGGAGGGGAACAGGUCGACAUUCUGCCGGCCAACUACGUAGUGAAAGACCGCUGGAAAGUGCUGAAGAAGAUUGGAGGUGGUGGCUUUGGGGAGAUUUAUGAGGCCAUGGAUCUUUUGACCCGUGAGAAUGUGGCUCUGAAGGUGGAAUCAGCUCAGCAGCCCAAGCAAGUUCUGAAGAUGGAAGUGGCUGUAUUGAAAAAGCUACAAGGAAAAGAUCAUGUUUGCAGAUUUAUUGGCUGUGGGAGGAAUGAGAAGUUUAACUAUGUUGUUAUGCAGCUUCAGGGUCGGAAUCUUGCAGAUCUUAGAAGAAGCCAGCCACGGGGCACCUUUACGCUGAGCACGACCCUCCGCUUAGGGAAACAGAUUUUGGAAUCCAUAGAAGCCAUUCAUUCAGUGGGAUUCUUGCACCGAGACAUCAAGCCUUCCAACUUUGCCAUGGGACGCCUGCCUUCAACCUACAGGAAAUGUUAUAUGUUAGACUUUGGUCUGGCCCGGCAGUAUACCAAUACCAACGGUGAAGUCCGGCCUCCUCGCAAUGUUGCUGGAUUCCGGGGAACAGUCCGCUAUGCUUCAGUGAAUGCACAUAAAAACAGAGAGAUGGGUCGACAUGAUGAUCUGUGGUCCCUUUUUUACAUGCUAGUAGAGUUUGCAGUUGGUCAGCUUCCAUGGCGUAAGAUCAAAGAUAAGGAACAAGUUGGUAUGAUUAAGGAGAAAUAUGAACAUCGAAUGCUGCUAAAACACAUGCCCUCUGAAUUCCAUCUUUUUUUGGAUCAUAUAUCAAAUUUGGAUUAUUUCACAAAACCAGAUUAUCAGCUGAUCAUGACUGUGUUUGAAAACAGCAUGAAGGAAAGAGGGAUUACUGAGAAUGAAGCCUUUGACUGGGAGAAAGCUGGUACAGAUAUUUUAUUAUCUACAAGUACCUCAACUCCGCCUCAACAGAACACAAGGCAAACAGCAGCCAUGUUUGGAGUGGUUAAUGUCACUCCAGUUCCUGGAGAUUUACUUCGUGAGAACACGGAGGAUGUUUUACAAGGAGAGCACCUGAGUGACCAGGAGAAUGCUCCCCCGAUCUUGCCUGGCCGACCAGCAGAGAGCUUGGGCCAGACUCCAAAUGUUGCCUUCAAUGAAGGAGAGGUUUGGGAAGAAACAGAUGUGAAUCGCAACAAACUCAGGAUCAGCAUCAGCAAAACACAGUGUUUGGCAGAAGAAGAUCAGAAAAGUGGUGUGUGUCCCAGCUCCCCAGUGCGAGCAGCACCAGACUCACCUACAACUCAAGGGCGCUCUCUGAGAUACCGUCGUGUGAAUAGCCCCGAGUCAGAGCGCCUAUCCACUGCAGAUGGGAAAGCAGAUCAGCAUGAAAGAAGGUCACGAGUAGACUUGCCUUGUUCUCCUUCACGGCUUGUGUGCUCUUCUCAGCCGGCUCAGAUGCUGUCCAUUGACACUGGCCAGGUAGACAGGCAAGCAAGUGGCAGGAUGGAUGUGUCUGCCUCCGUAGAGCACGAAGCCCUCAGCAAUGCUUUCCGAUCAGUGCCCCUGGCUGAGGAGGAGGACUUUGACAGCAAAGAGUGGGUUAUAAUUGACAAAGAAACUGAGCUGAAGGACUUCCAUCCUGGUGCUGAACCAAGCACAUCGGGAACAACAGAUGAAGAACCAGAGGAACUGAGACCAAUUGAAGAGGGUGAGGAGAGAAGGCGACUGGGGGCAGAAGCAACAGUCAGGCCAAAAAUACAUGAUGGGAGAACACGGGGUAUGCAGACUGUGGCUGAGGAGGACAGUUCCCACAGACAUGAAGGCCACUGUCAGUCAGUAUCUGACAGCAAACAUGAACAGCAACCAGGAAGCCCCACACAGUCCCCCUUAUAUUCAGCACCAGCUAUCCGACAGCGGAGACGAGAAUCUGAGCCUACUGGUCCUGAGAGACAGGCAUUCUCAGCACUCUCUCCCGAGCCUUUUGAAAUGAAUGGUCUCCCCAAGGUGGUGCCUUUAAGUUUGCCUUACAAAGAUUUCAAAAGGGAUGUGUCAGAAAACAGGGAAAGAUCCAGGAUCCUCCAGCGUGUGAAGAAGGUGGAUUUCUCAAAUGUUGUCUUAACUGCCCCGUGCAAACCACCCAUAGCCCAUCUGGAAAUGGCAAAUGGAAGAUGCAAAGAGGAGGAGGACGAGGAAGAGGAGGAGGAAGAAGAAGAGGAGGAGGAAGAGGAGGAGGAGGCUGUUGGUGAAUUAGGAGACGAGCUUGACAUGCAUAGUGAUUCAAGCAGUGACGUGAGCCAGAAAAGUACUGAGCGCAGUCAGGAAGGAGCUCCAUCUACCCUUUUGGCUGAUGACCAGAAGGAGUCCAAGGGCCGAGCAUCUGCAGCAGAAGGAGACUUGGAACUUGAGGAGGGCUCAAAAACAUUAGUUCUCUUUUCACCAGGUGAUAUAAAGAAGUCUCCUAUGAAUGCAGAUUUGCCUCCUGAUGUUGAUCUUGGGACUCUCGCUGCAUUGACUCCUCAAAGUGAGAAACCACAACCAAUGGGAAGCCAGCUGGAUGUAUCUGAACCAGGAACAUUGUCCUCCAUCCUCAAGUCAGAACCAAAGCCUCCCACUGCUGUGGCCACAGCUUCUUCUCCUUUUACCAAAGUUGAGCGCACAUUUGUUCAUAUAGCUGAAAAGACCCAUUUGAACAUCAUGUCUUCCGGUGGCCAGCUGAUGAGGCAUGAGGAAUACCCAACUCCAGGGCAGUUUGAAGAGGUCAUCAUUGAAGAAGAGCUAGAUGAAAAUCAGGUGCUGGUAGAAAAUGGGAGUGUGAAUUCAGCCCUUGAUGGAGGAGAGAUGGAAAGCUGUGCUCUUUCUGUGAACCAUAUUGAAACCACCUCUGAAACUGCAGGGGAGCAGGUCCUGCUUCUCAAUGGUGUUAGUAAAACAGAAGAAGAAGAAGAACUGGACAUUAAAGGCAAACCUGUCCCUGAGUCAGAUAUACAAGAAGCUGAUAAGCUAAUUUCAGAGGAGCCUGGACUUGAAAACCAUUUUUGUGCCACAGAAUCUCUUAAACAAGUAGAACUGCUUCCAGAGGUUCCAAGGACAAGUCCCAAGAAACCUCUGAGCAUCAGGUACAGAAGCCGAAUUCCUGUCUUGCUCUCUGAAGAAGACACUGGCUCAGAUCUUUCAGCCUCACACUCUGGCAAAGAGAGGCUGUACAAGAGAUUGAAACAGCAGGAUUUGGCCCGCCUGGUGAUGGAGAAAAGGCAAAACCGUCUGCUCAGGUUAGCUUCAGGAGCUUCGUCCUCUGCUUCCUCCAGUGACGAGAGGCGACGGGCUUCAGAAACCUUGUCAGCCACUGGCUCCGAGGAGGACACCCAUGACUCAGAUGACUUUACCCCAAGGAAGACGGGGAGUCAGGAAAAGUUUCCCCUCCUUAAGACAGAGGAGAGAGGCUUAAGUGUGAAGAGCAGAAUCCCUCGCCCCAUUGUGCCUGUGAAACCACCUAUGACAGAACUGAAAUGUGGAAGCCCUGUGACUCUUCCACCACCAGCACUGAGUAGCAGUCCAGGUGACAUGGAUGUGACAAACAGACUACAGGGGCAAAGACCGUCUGGCAGUGUAUCCGGUGACUCCCGCAUAAAACCAAGCCCAAGUCCUGCUACACCUCCCUUACGGAGCAGUCCAAGGAAACCCCUUCGCCCUCCACCUAGGAGUCCUAUUCUCCCUCCACGAAACCUCAGUGCUUCCUCGAAAAGCCAAUCGCUAUCCAGAAAGGAAAGCUCAUCACCAUCCCGACAACAUAGGCCAGGGACUACAUGCCCUCCAUGGGCUCAGCCUUCUUCCCGAGCUCCUUCCAGAGCUCAAGCAGCUGGGGGCCUGUCAACAGAGGCCCCUGUUUCACCAGGCAUGCUCAGAAAAGGACAGAAAGGGAAAGCCCAGGCCCAAACCCCAGCAACCAAAGGCAGACAGAUACCCCAGGAUGGAAAGACUACUGCUAGAUAAUGAUCUGCUGCUGUCCACCAUUAGAUCUAUCGACUUACCAUCUCGCCAGGCUGGAGAAACCUCUACGUAUAGUAUACACUCAAGAUGCUGCAGCACAGCCUUAUUGUGUCGGAAAUACAAGCAUAUAAGCAGCUACCUGUACUUCAGUGCUUCACUUGCCCUCACGCCCAUGCUGUAUCAAAUCUAGCUCCUCCCUGGCUGAGACCUAUCUGGCCAGGGUCAUGCUUGCUUGCUCUUGCCAGCCACCAAGCAGCAACGUGGGCAACCUGCACAGUGCCUGACUCUCCCCUCACAUCAUCUUUUUCAUUUCUAACUUAGCAAUACCACUACCCCCCCUCCAUGGUGCCCUGAUGGUUUGGCUGGGGAGACAGCUUUUUCUAACAAAAAUGAGCCACAGUCAGUGGAGAAGUGGAAGAGCUGCACUUUACCAGGAAGAGGAAUCUUGCGGUGAAAUUCUAGAUUGUCUCAGGACAACUCAAGUGUCUCUGUCUCCCACUUGUCUCUCCCCAGGCCGUUUUUUUAGUCUGGCUGUGGUAGUGCUGCCUCUUUACAGACUUAUACUUCCUCCUGAGCACUGUACAACGAGACACCGCAUGGGUUUCUCUGCCUAGAAUAUGAAACAAAGGGAAUGUGUGGCUGUAAUAUUAGACGAGAGGAGAGGAACUACAUCCUCUGGAGCUACUUCUAACAUGGAAGAAUCUCUUAGCUAGCAGGCCAGAGGAGGUUGCUCCAGAAGAAACAAUACAGCUGUUGGGGAGGGGGUUCAUUUUCCAAAAUAUUCUGAAGUGGAGGGACAGUAAUUCAGCUUGUUCAUCAAUGCACCUGUAAGAUAAUAUACACUCAAGUGGUAGUGUUUCAUGCAAAGGCAUCAGUGAAAGCUUCCUUAGCUACCAAUAAAGUGGUCGGUGUCCUGGCAGAAGUGGAAACAAGGGAGAGACUAAAUAACAUCUAUGCCCCAAAGUGUGGUCUGUGAAGUCUGUAUGGUUCUGGCAUGAAAGAUUUCCUUUGAAUCUAAAUGCAAGACUUACUUAACCUAUUAUGGCUUCUGUGGGGACGUAGUCUCUCUGACCCUGCAGCUAUGCUGUGUUGUGCUGGAUGCACAAGCGUGGCCCCAGAAAUGUUGUAACAGGCUUCCUUUUCCCAAAUGCCUUGUGGUGGUAGUAGCAUCUUAAGAUUGCUUAAGGUGAGACCUCAUCUGCAGUAUUUUCUGGCAAGUAUAUCUGAAGACUAGCUGUUUUUCAGGUUGGUGCUUGCUGGCAAAAAGUAUUUUGAUGCUGUUGAACCUGGCUAAUUAGGAGAGCCUUCAUUUCGUAGUGUUCCCUUCCCAUGUUCUGGCCUGAAUUGGCCAGAACGGCCAGAAGGACAUUAUACAUAAAGGGCUUACAUCAAAACGGACAGCUGUAAGAAAUGCAGGAUUGUGGCAGGCUAAAAUGAAGUGCUAGCCUCUUGUGUGGUUCUAUAGGCUACAAUAUGGUGGGAAGUACGGACUCAGAGCUUGGAAAUGUUAGUUCUUUCGGCUGCCACUCCCAGACGCCCCAACUGCUAUGGCUUUUGGCUGAAGUAUUCUGGGAGUCUGAGGACGAAAACCCUAAAUUUUCUAGGUCCUGGGUAAAAUAUGGAAGACUUGAUUAGAAGGACUGUUUGGGUAUCAUCUCUAGGAUCCCUCUCCCUUAUUCUUACCUGCCAUAA